AUGGGUGUCAACGUUAUCAUCAGACUACUCCAGUUUUGCGUCUGCCUCUACGUUCUCGCCGCGGUUCUCUUCACCACCUGUGUCUACGUCCUGGCCCCCGUUACUGGCUUCUUCCGGUCAAGGACACAUGCCUCGCCCACGGCGUCUUCCAGCAGUACAUCAAGUCACCAUGAUAUUAGGAUUGCGUCCCUCUCCCAGGAUCGACCUGAAGUGCGGCUAGAUCUCAGACUAGCGGACCCUCUGGAUAACAGCCACUGGGUUGAUAAUUGGCCUUCCGGGUACGCAUCUUCGGAGCUGUUGUAUCUAUCCCACACCGGAAACUCUAUAGGCACGCAUCUGGCCACUGGCGGGUUUGGUAUACACGAAGAGACCCUGUUGUCGAAGGCUUUCUCCGAGGCUAUGCAUCCGACGCGCAUCAUACCGUUCUACUUCAAGUCCUCCAAUGAUGUCCAUUCUGACGACGUCACUAUCACGACUCUGGUCACCAGCAAUAGAUUCAAAGUGCUCCAACAGCUUGUCGAACGCUAUCGCGGUCCUGUCUCCGUUACGAUACACAUACCACUCCCCCUCCACGCCACCUUCUCGUCUCUCAAGCCGGACCAUCCCUCCAGGGUAGCUCUUAGCAACCUUCACGCUCUAUAUGUGUCGUCUCCUCUCUUUUCGCAAUAUGUUGACGUACAUCUGGCAUUGUCUCCCUUCACCAGCGCUCUUUCAGCCGAUCCCGUCGUCCAAAGGGAGAGCGAGGGGGGACGCCAAUUCAACGUCUGGCGAAACGCCGCACGCCUCUUCGCACGCACUAACUUCGUCAUCAUGCUCGACGUGGACUUCGCCGUCUGUACUGACUGGCGCGGGUUCGUCAGAGAAACCAUCCGCGAGGCGGCCGAGUCCCCGAGCCCGAUCCGUCCUCCCUUUCGCACAGGACGAACAGACGAAAGCAUCCGCGCCGCUGACGCUGCCGGCGCGACCGCUACUGAAAUAGUCAAGAAACUCCGCGAAGGUACAGCGGCACUCGUCGUGCCUGCAUUUGAGUACGUCAAGCAACGAGACGGCAUCGACCAGCGCACCUUCCCUACCGAUAAGCAGGGCCUACUCAAGUUGGCGCGAGCUAACCCGCCUGUCAUUGCAUCCUUCCAUGCCUCAUGGGCGCCAGGUCACAACAGCACCGAAUACGAACGUUACUAUUCAAUCCCACCAGGCAAGGGAGCCAUUUACAAAGUCGAGCAAUAUCAGAGCGCGUAUGAGCCGUACGUUAUUACGAGCAAACAUGUCAGCUGGUGCGACGAGCGAUUUGCCGGGUACGGAGGCAACAAAGCGGCUUGCCUAUUCGAGAUGUACCUUAGCGGGGUUUCCUAUUACGUGCUGUCGGACCACUUCCUCAUUCAUCAAAGUCACAAAUACGAAGAAGAGGCGAGAAGGGAAGAGCGCAAGUCGAACCGGAAAUUGUAUGCCGACUUCAAGGAGGAGUCUUGUCUCCGGUACCUCUACCGCUAUUACCGAGAAGGAACGCUGCACACUGAGCGAGCUGCCAAUGCGCGUGAUGAGUGCAAGAAAAUCAAGAAUAUAACGAAGAUGGUGACACAGGUAAUGCAUGUAUGUCUUGCGUCAUCAUACGGAAUUGCUCACAGAUCGGGGUACCAUCGCAAACGUCGCAAUCCAGUUGGUCAGUGGCUGAAUGCCGUUGCUGCCUCACUCACGAUGGCUUUCGGCUGCCUAGGUUGCGUAUUCUUCACCAAUAUGUUUAUGUUGAUUGGUUGUAGUGUAUAUGCAAUGUACAUUAACGUCCCUGAAUCCGCAUCAUACUCGAUUCUUGAGCUCUAG